CUUGUGGUGGAAGGACCAUGAUCCAAAGAAUGAGAUAGUUACUUACCGGAUGACGUCCCACCUCUUUGGUGGAGUGUGGUCACCAWGUGCAGCAAGUUUUGCAUUAAGAAAGUGUGCAUCAGACCAUGCACAUCUGUACAACACAGACACUGUCUCCACUGUUGAAAGAAAUUUCUAUGUGGACGAUUGCUUGAAAUCCUCCAACUCACCCCAACAAGCCAUCCACCUAUUUGAGCAGCUGACUGACCUUCURAAGCAGGGAGGAUUUCAUUUGACAAAAUGGACCAGCAAUUC